AUGGGGAAGCAAGUGGGGUUCUCUGAGCAGGCUGUCAGCCACUCCGUAGACAACAUGGAGAGCGGGCGGAGUCGGGACAGCACGCUCAGCAAGCCCCGGGCCGGGCGUAAGGGGCAGAAGGCGCCAGGAGUGCGGCUGGGGCUUGCUGCCUCCAUGGUGGGCGCCGCCUUCCUGUUCUGCGCCUAUGUGCUGUUCACCACCCACAACACCUUCAGCAUCCACACCGUUUCGCUGAGCGGCAUGCACGGCAUGCACCGCUUCGGGGAUGGCACCGCCCACACCCUCGUCAUCUACGUGUAUGCGCACACAGAUGUGGAGUACGAGCGCAACCUGCAGUACUUUCUGGAGUUUGGGGUGAGGCCCAAUGACGGCUGCGACUACCUCGUCGUGGUGCAGGAGGGCAAGGGCGUGCUGGACACCAAGCUGCCGCCGCUGCCCGACAACGUGCAUGCGGUGCCGCACCCCAACGAGUGCUACGACUGGGGCACCUUUGGAUGGGCCAUAGAGAUGCGGGUGGUGGAUACCGCGCGCUACCAGUUCAUCAUCUUCCUCAACAGUUCCGUCAGGGGCCCCUUCCUGCCCUCCUACUGGCCGAGGAGCAUCCACUGGUCCCAGGUGCUGACGCGGCGCAUCACCGACACCACCAAGCUGGUGGGCGCCACCAUCAGCUGCGAGGGCGCCAACAAGGGCGGCGUGCUGAGCGGCGAGAUGCGGCGCAACCCGCACGUGCAGAGCUAUGUGGUGGCCACAGACCAGGUGGGGCUGCGCCUGCUGCACCAGGACGGCCGCGUGCUCAAGUGCUACCGCUCCAUCCACGACGCCAUCUGGUACGCCGAGAUGGGUAGCAGCGCCGCCAUCCUCAACGCCGGCUACAACAUCGACAGCCUGAUGCUGCGGUACCAGGGGGUGGACUGGCGCGACAAGUCGCACUGGGGCUGCAACGCGGGCAUCAACCCGUAUGCCGACCACAUGUACGACGGCAUCAACAUCUCGCCCUUUGAGGUCAAGGAGUUUCUGCUGGAGGCUCAGUGGGCCACCGCCACCCACGCAAAAAAGUACAGCAUUUGGGCGCGGCACAAGUUCAACCUGACCGACAACGAGUACACGACCAAGAAGACGGAGCUGAGGAACAUGAAGAUACUCAACAUGAGGGCGCGCGGGCACGCCUGCUUCGACUUUGAGUUCUACAAGGCACACAACCCAGACCUGCCGGUGUGGGGCCCCGAGACCAUUUGGGAGCACUUUGUGACCAGCGGGCAGCACGAGGGGCGCGUGUUCAGGUUCCGUUGCAAGCCUGGUGCUGUGGAGUUUGCAAAGCCUCCCCCCUCGCCCAAGCCGCCGCGGCCCAGCCCACCCCUGCCGCCAGGCGACACAGCGCAGGCGCAGCAGGCCGGGGCGCAGCAGCAUGCAAAUGCGGCGGAGAAGGCUGCCACGCAGGCUGCCGCGGCUGCAAAGGCGGCUGCCGAUGCCGCCGCCGCUGCGCAAGCGGCUGCCGCAGCCUUGCAGCAGCAUCAGGAAGGGGCGACGGCAGGCGCGGCGGCAGGACAGGCUGCAGGCGCACAGCAGCAAGGGGUAGCUUCUGGCACAGCGCAGCAGGCAGCGACGGCUGAUGCGUCACAGCAGGCCUCGGCUGCGGGUGCGACACAGCAGGCGGCGGCUGCUGACACGGCCCGGGAUGCAGCGGCAACCGCCCAGCAAGCAGCUGCCGCUGGGGCACAGCAGGCGCAGCAAGCGGAAGCAGCCACUCAGCAGGCCGCCGCUGCUGGCGCGGUGCAGCAGGCGACGCUGGCGGUCCAGCAGCUGGCGCUGGCGCAGCAGGCGGCUGCGGUGGCGGGGGCUGAGCAGCGCUGA